CAUCAAGGGCUUGCCUGACGGACCCAAUGACACUCCGUCCGCCAGCUCUGGAGUCGUGGUGAUCGAUGGAGAUAAGCAAGAGCAUGCAGAAGAUCUGCUAUGCUUACACUGCUCGGAACCUAUCAUGGACGACUGAUCUUGAUUGAUCAUGAUGCCGAAUGCUCCCCGGUAAAUUGCUGCAUCUUCGCGAAACCCCACCACCUCUUUCACUAAUGCAGGAGAGAGCGAGACGCAUGAGCGCGUGGAGCCAGCGUUCACUACGCAAGUGGGCGGCUGCAAAGCGCGCGCACUGCAACGGUUCACAUUUGGCAGUCGUAGACAGAGUGUGGGCUUGAUGAUUUGCGAGCAUUGUUACUGUAGCAGAAGCGCCGCAUUCUCAUAUGCCGACAGUGACCUGCAUCGUCGGCUGCAGCACCGGGCGCAGAUGCUGAGAGGACUGAAGCUUUGAUAUUGGCGAAGCAAAUGCACCAACUAAGGCAGGACAAUAAUAGCGUUACGAUCCGCUCUGGCGCGAGCGGCGAGCCAGGAGGUUCAGAGACGGCACGGCGCGCGGCAAGUAAGAAAGUCAUGCCAGGCUGGGCUCUAUCGAUGGGAUGGAGUCAUUACAGACUCACAGACAGCUGUCAUCGCAACGUCGAUGGCUACAUUAUACGAUCUUAGGCAAUUCUAGCGGUAUGAACCAUUCGACAGUUCUC